UCCUCUGCGUCACAGUCAUGUCAUCGUUGAAUGUCCGCAACAGCUGUCAGUUAGGAGACACCUCGGGAAACGAAUUUGUCAACGAUGUUUACGGAUUUGCUGCUUUUGUUCUGUCACUGCUGACGAACAUUUGGGCGACAUCUCUGAUUGCAUACAAGGCAUGGCAUCGUCGUCAUUUAUUGAGAUGCGCAUUCGGGAGCGGAAGUGUAGGCACUCGUAGCUCCAAGAUUCUCAUGCUCUUUGUCGAUUCUGGGCUGCUAUACUGCGGGCUGUGGGCAGUUCUAGUUGCAUAUCUUGUCAUUUUACGAUACUACAACCAAGAGGGGCUCAUCAUUGGAUCCACCAAGUGGCACUUUGUGGCCGACAUGGAAGAUGCGAUCCGCGCAGUUCUUAUUGAUAUCAUCGGAAUGUAUCCGACAACCCUCGUUCUUCUCGUCUUCCUGACAGAUUUCACCAUGGAGAGCGCGACAAAAGUCGAGAGCACACCUGAUUCGCCCGUCCAACCGCCGGCACUGAAUAAAGCGCGUAUCGUCAUACGAUCCAGUGACGCCUUCAACCCAACAGCAACGGUAAUGACCGAGAAUGGCGAUCGAUACACCCAGAGUGUCAUCGCCAUCCUCGGCAGCAAGAGUUCUGCGGACGAUGAAUCUGCUACGCUUGGGAAUAAAGAGCAUGCACUGGUCACUUGACGUGCAACCCACUCCUUGGACCCGUCGAUACGUUGCCGGCUUGGUUGCGUUGUAGGCCGAAGCUGCUGCUAGGCUGAGCGCAGUGACAUGGUCGCUUCGGAAUAAUUCGCAGUAUUGUGA